AUGUCUAAUCCUCCCAAUGCUACUCCUGCACGGAAUGGGCUCUCUCUCUAUGCAAACUUGUUAGAUCCAUCAUCGAGUGAUACGCCUGGCUCCAUUACCAAAGCACCUGUUGUUUUCAAUUCAGUGGAAGAUGAAGCUUCUAAGAAACCCCAAAUUGAUGCUGCUGCCCUGAGAUUUCAACCCACGAGGAGACCACAGCUUUCUCAAAAGCCAAAAGCGAAACCAUCAUUCCCAAAAGCUGCCAUUGCCAGUCUGAAUACCAACGAACCGAGCAAUGUAGCCGUCGCGAAGCCUGCCGCAUCAAAUGCUGCCAAGCCUGCUUCUAAGAGCACCUUGGCCGAUUGGGCCGCUGACGAUGAUGACGUAAAUGGAUUCUAUGUUGGAGAGAAAAGGCAAAGAGGUGGAAGGAAACGAAGGAAGAAGAAUAGGGAAGAGCAAGCCGUCGCGCAGGAUUGGGACGAUAUUUACGACCCUUCACGGCCAAACAACUACGAGGAAUAUAAGAAUAGUGAUGAGAAGGUUCGAGAAGUGCGAGAGUGGAAGGAUAGACUUUAUGCUCAUAGAAUGGCGCGAAAGACAUCAAGUGAUAGUGACGACGAGGAAUCAUACCGUCCGAAGAUUGGUAAACAAUUUGCCCCGCCUCCGAAUUAUUCAUUUGCUCCACCCCCAAUUGAUUCUCCUCCCAAGAAUCGUUCCAAGUCCCCACAAAGUGACUUUUAUAGUCCUACUCUUGGAGCAGAGUCUAAUCCACCUCCUCCACCUCCCGAAGAUCAGCCAUUACCCCCACCAGUACCAUCAGUGGAGGCUAUUUCCAGAGCACCAGUGCGAUAUAAUCUACCGCCGGCGCCAAGUGAUCUUCCAGCUUCGGAAGCAGAACUAGAUAAAGCUCUUGCAGACGAAGUAGACGGGGAAGCUGAGGGAGAAGCUGAUGAGAAUGCGCAAAAAUCACUUCGUCCGGGUCAAAAAGGGUUUGCAGAGCGUCUAAUGUCUAAAUAUGGCUGGAGCAAAGGUUCAGGACUGGGGGCCGAUGGUUCUGGUAUGAUUACACCUCUUCAGGUCAAACUUGACAAACGGAAAAAGAAGUCCGAUGCAGAAGGCGGCGGGUUUCGCGAUGCGGGGGGCAGAGGAAAGAUCAUUGGUGGUAAGAAGGUUGUUAAGGAGGAGGAAACAGGCAGAUUCGGACCGAUGUCAGAAGUCAUUGUGCUGCGUGGAAUGGUAGAUAACAUGGAUUUAGAUGAGGAAGUAGAAGGUUCAGGGGAUGGGGGUCUGAUGCAGGAAAUUGGGGAUGAAUGUGGUGAAAAGUAUGGACGGGUUGAACGAGUCUAUAUCGAUAGGCAAAGUGCCCCAGCAAAAGUCUUCGUCAAAUUCACUAAUCAGUUGUCAGCUCUGAGGGCUGUUAAUGCGCUCGAGGGGCGUAUAUUCAACGGGAAUACCAUAUCAGCUUUGUUUUAUGAUACCGAAACUUUUGAGAAGGGUAUCUAUGAAUAG